AAACUAACCUCACUUUUUGUGAACGUCAACCGUCAACGUGCUAGUACAUCGUGUUUCAAUCCCUGCGUGAAAAUUGGGAUUUGUGUGUUAUUGUUUUCAUUUUAAUUGCUAUAACUAUUUGGCUACAGUUUUCUCAACCUGGUUUAUUUGAAAUUUCGGAGACAAAAAAACAUUGAUUCCUUUUUUGUAAAUUUUACAAUUUGGACUGUUUUCAUCAAGCUAUUGUUCAUAACGUUAUGCUAUAUUGAAUAAUGAUAGCGUGAUUUGACAAGCUUGCUAGCUUGCAAACUACAAACUAGAUCUAUUUGAGAGAAUCAAAUAAAUAUCUCAAAUAUUGUGUUUUGAUUGCUUUUAUUAAAAUGUUAACGCCGUAUUUUGAGAUUCGUCAAAGUGAUAGUGAGUUGAUAUUGCUUAUACAUGCUCCCUACGCCAAUAUCAAAGAGACUGAGAUUUAUGCUGAAGGAAAUGAUUUCCGGUUUUAUUCAUCUCCUUAUUACCUCAGACUUCACUUUCCUGGCUUUGUAAAAGAUAUAGACGAGCCUUGUGCGAGAUAUUUAACGGACGAAAAACAAUUCGAAGUGAAAUUACACAAGCAAAAUGCUGGUGAACAUUUUCCAGACCUUGACUUGAUUGGUGGAUUGUUAGCUCCAAAGAAGAAAGUAAAAAAUAUUAAACCGGACAUUCAAGUUUUAAGUAGUAUAGAUAAUGAUGAUGAGAAGAGAGGAGACGGUGAUAUUGUUAACCAAGUGGAAGAAGAAAGUACAAGUGAAGAUGAGAAUGAAUGGUUGAUUGAUCAGCAAGUGGUUGAACCCAGUCUUCAGGGAUGCUCUCUCAAUUGUCCUCGUUAUGGAUUUGGCAAUCAGACAAGCAAUGCAUUUGCGAGGCUUGGUGAAGAGUUCUAUGAAAUAGUGAAUCUCAGAGACAUUGAUGUUACUGCCGAAAGUCGGCGUGAUGAACUGAUGCACGAUGAUGAAGAAAAACUUUUCAGCGAUGAUCACUAUCUUAGUGACCUCAUGGAACCGGAGGGUAUUCAGCCUUUCAUUGAAUAUUGCCCACCUUGGAGAGAAAGUGAUGCUAAAAUGAAAUUGUCUAAAACCGAUCUGGAAACAUUGAAAAACUUUGGGAACAAAGAGUAUCUCCUUACUAAAGACGAUGAAAUAUCAGCAUUUCUCUCGCUGUUUGACGUCAUUUUUGCCUGUGUUUAUGACUUUCGAACAACAAUGGGUGAAUCUUCCGUCGAAUCGGCGUGGACCAUUAAUAAGCUCAGUGCUACGUUGUCAUGGUUGAAGAUUUUCAAAUCUCCAGAGGAUGUUGUCAAGUGCUGCCUCCGUAGAUCAUUGAUCUAUCCUCUUUAUAGGCAUUGGAACUUAGCGAAUAUUGUUCUACAAGAUACUGUGAUCAUCUUCAAUGCAGGUAAAAGACAUGUUCUGUGGCUUCUAUUAAGAAUAUACUCGUUAUUUGGCGAGAGUGAACCAAGAUACAUGUUGAAUGAGCUCUACAUCAAAGACUAUUGCAUUUGGCUUCAGAAUGUAUCUGAUAAGAAACUACGUAAAUUUGCCAGUAUCGUAGAACAGGUAAUGAACUUUCCAGAUACGCCAGAUAAAUCAAUUCAAACUUACUUCCAUAACCCUCUCGCUAGUUCACCAAUGUCUACGAGAAAAUACUUUCAUCACAAAAGUGAAGAUUUCAAUGUAUUGAUAUUUUUCAGAGAGAGUGAAAGUGAUACAUCAGACAGCGAAGAGGACAGCUCUAGUGAAGAUUCUUCUAGCUCUGACUCAGACAAUGCCGUGGAGAAUUGUACAGAGGCAAAAUCAAGAUAACUGAAUACUUCACAAUUUUACUGCGAUUCCAAAUGGCUCACAGAUGAACUUCAUCACUUCUGCAAGUAUUAAUUCAUCAUGGUCUACCCUCAUUACAAAAUAUUUCUCAUAUCUUUAAGCUAACUAAUUUGGUAUUUCAUACAUUUUAGACUUAUGUAAGAGAUUGUAUUCACUACGAGUAUUGCCUAGCAUUGAAAUCUUACUGUAAACUCUUCAAACUUAUUGAAGGAAUAAGGCUGCUGGAUCGCUUUGAUGGGUUUUAAGGAAGAAUUUUUAGCUUUUAAAAAGCUCCCAAAAAGUUGUGAAACUAGAUUAUUUCCUACAAUUACUUUCAUCAAUUGGAUCAAGCGUAUUCUUGCUUAAUUAUUUUUUCCUUUCAUUUCAACUGUUUUGAAGUUGGAGUCUGUCAUUAGCCACGUUUAUACUGCGAUUCAACUUUAGAUUUACAAUUCAAAUUUAUCUUCAAUUUUUUUCCUCCUUGUGUCAGGCGCAUACUUUUCUAAGUAUGCUUAAUAUUGCUAUUCACAUUUUGGUGAUUUGUUGUAUGCUUGACGCAGCGGUUUAAUGUUAUUUUUUAUAGUAUGCAUAUAAUAACUGAAAGUGCUAUUGUUUUGUUGAAAUCCUCAGUAACGCUGCUGGCAUUAGUGUAGACCUGUCAUAAUUGACAAAUGUUCGGAAACGGAAAAGUAAAGUCUGGUCUUGUGGGUAUGUGAUUAUAUGAGAGCUAGGAAUAAUAGUAUUCAAAACAAUUUGAAAGUUAUCUAUUCAAAAAUUAAAAAAAAAACAAAUCUUUAUUCAAAAACAAUACUGUAUACACAAAUCUCUUAUAUUCUUAGAUAUACUUUCAUGAAUCUUGUCUAAAAACUAAAUAUUGCAAGCUACAUGGAAUCAGGAUUGAAUAAGAGUUCUUAAAAGUUGAAAAGAUUUUUGUUAGCUGAAUUGAUUUUGAUGAGUUGAUGUAGAGUAGAGGGUCAUGUGACAGCAGAUUAGUUUCAUCUUCUGGAAUAGCCUUAGUAGAGUUGUUGGAUUUGUAAACCAGAGACCCUGCUUGUGAAUCGAGGCCAGGCCAGUUAUUUUUCACCGGGCGAAUCUUGUGUUUUGGAAGGACACGUUAAAUCGUCAAUCACGGCUGCCUAAAAGCAGUGGUUAAGUCACGUUAGAGGUCCUGAAAUUUGGUGCGACCUGAAAACCUGACACCAGACCUGGUCAUACAGACAUUUGGCAUUUAUUUUUAUUUGGCUAAAUAAUGUUUUGAUAUUUCUUCAUGAACAGGAAGUAUAAGAUUGUGAGUAAUUUCACCAAUUUGAGAUGGAGUCUUUUGUAUGUAGUUAGACUUAUCUGAGAAAGCAGUCAAAUCAUUAUCUGGAUCAUAGACUGGGUCCUUAAAAUCAUUGUGGUCAAAUCCUUGGACUUCCUUGAGCAAAUUUGAAGAAUUAAACUUGACAGUCAGACUAUCCGUGCUUAAGUAAGCAUUAUCUAUGAUAAUGAUAGAUUCUCCUCCACCUGAAAAAUGAAAGUACAACAUAAAUUAUUUUAUGUUAAUAAUAAAUUAUUCAUAUUUAUUUAAGUUGUUAUACCAUCAUAAUAAGUUGUUAUAUUAUCAAUCAUCUGAAAUAUGACCAAAUAUAAUGUUGAAGAGAUUGAAGAUAAAUUUCAUUGGUGGGCUCGUCAUAAAAAUAAAUCAAAUUGGAAUGUUAUACUACUUAUGUUGGGUGGGCAUGAUGGAGGUAAAUAAAUAUAUUAUACUUUGAAUUUGAAAACGUGAUCUCACAGAGAUAAGGAUUGGUAGGACUAUUUUCAAUCUAGAAUAGUAUUUUGUUUACCGAGCAUUACGCAUUUAUCCAAGUAGGGUGUGUUGUCACUAUCAAUAUAAGACUAUACCAUUAUUGUCUUUGCUACAAGUUCUGAUUCUACUAUUUUGGGUUGGACAUACUGCUUUGAAGAUUCAAACUAUACUUGCUUAAUGCUUAAUUCAGUUUUAAACUCAGACUACAAGAACGAUUUUUGAGUUAACAUUAGGUUUAGGGUUACCGUCCACUGUAACCGAAUCCAAUCGAUCCGUUCGGCCGUUGGAUCAUACGAAUCUGCCGGCCGUUAAUUCGGCCGAAUAUGCCACCAAAAUUUUUCAUAAACAAUGAUUAUAUUGAGAUUUUGGAAAUUGAAUAAACAAAUAUCCACUAAAUUAGUUAUUCAUUACAAAAAGAGAUUGAUGAAUAAUCUAACUCAAGAACUGAAAAGAGAGAUACAAUCUAUUAAAAAUGAAUCGAUCAACGGUUACUUGCGCAACUCAACAGGAGGAAAAAACACUGAUUACUCGCUUUGAAAGGGAUAUAGGAAAAUAAAAAUACCUAUUCAACAAGCUCCUCCUUUCAGAAACCAAAACAGAGAAUGGGCCAGAAACAAUGAAGAAAAAGCACCGACAAAUUAAAGUUGAAGUUUGUUAAAGUUUUCCAGCCAAAUAAUGGACCACAGGAACAAGAUUUAGAAACUGAUGAAAAUCUUAUGCAAGAGAAUCAAGAAAUUCUGCGUGUCUCAGUGGAAGAAAUGAAAAAAGAAAUUAAGCUUAUCAAUGCAAAGAAAACUCCAGGAUUCGACUUGAUAACUGGCUCAGUCCUAAAGCACCUGCCAAGGAAAGCACUCAAGUUAACAAACAUACUAAAUGCUUCAUUUAGACUUGUAGUCCAGUCACUGACAAUAUACAUUAGUGCAUGCAAUUUAUAGAUUUUCAAUGUAUUAUUUGGGCACAUAAGAGAAGUCCCGAACCAAUU